CGGCCUGCCUCCGGUGCGCCGGCGCAGUCGCUGUGCGCAUCGACGCGCGCGCACUCUCUCACACGGCACGCUGACAGAAACCCACCCAAGAUGACGGUGAAGAAGAGAACUUCGGACUUAACGAGCCUGGAGCGGUUCAACAUGUACUACAAGGAGAAGGAGGUGCCCCUGAGCGGCGCGGAGAGGACGAAGCGCUUCAUCUGGAACCCGAAGACCAGGCAGUUCUGCGGGAGGACAGGAGCUAGCUGGUCCAAAAUAGCGCUAUUCUACUUCAUCUUCUACUCGGCGCUGGCGAUCCUCGUGGCGAUCUGCAUGUGGACCUUCCUGCAGCUGCUGGACGCUCGCCAGCCGAUGUGGCAGCUGGAGAAGAGCAUCAUCGGCACCAACCCUGGCCUCGGCUUCCGUCCGAUGCCGCCAGAGGUCGCCAGCAGUGUAAUCUGGUAUAAGGGAAACGAUCCUGGUAGCUAUCAGUUCUGGGUUAAGGAGCUAUCGCAGUUCUUGAAAGUCUAUAAACGCGACGGCAAAAAAUCUGGAGCCAGCCAGAACAUCCACAACUGUGACUUCAAGCUUCCCGCGCCAGCUGGCAAGGUCUGUGAUGUGGACAUCAGUGCCUGGGGCCCCUGCCUCGAGGAGAACCACUUCGCCUACCAGAAGUCUACUCCCUGCGUCUUCCUCAAGCUCAACAAGAUAUUCGGAUGGAAGCCUCAGUUUUAUAACAGCUCUGAUAGCUUGCCUUCUGAGAUGCCUGAAGACUUGAAGGAGCAUAUCAGGAAUAUGACGGCGUAUGAUAAGAAUUAUCUGAACAUGGUGUGGGUGUCGUGUCAGGGCGAGAACCCGGCAGACCGUGAGAACAUCGGGCCGGUGCAGUACAUGCCGUACCGCGGCUUCCCCGGCUACUACUUCCCCUACACCAACCAGGAGGGCUACCUGAGUCCACUCGUCGCUGUACAUCUGCAGAGGCCUAAGACGGGCAUGCUGAUCAACAUCGAGUGUCGAGCGUGGGCGCACAACAUAAUGUACGACAGACAUGAAGCCAUGGGCGCAGUGCACAUCGAGAUCAUGAUCGAGUAACUGGGUUCGAUCCUGGGUGGUGUGUGAGCUUAGUGUGAUUAUGUAGAGUCAGCAACAGGUAUCAGAAAUGUAGUUGGUAAAAUGAGAUUGAAUUUUUAAUUUAGUGUCAGAUAAACUGUUGUAGUUUUUAAACUGACAUGGUAUAUUACCAGGGAUCGGUUAUCUGAUUAAUUUUAAUAACCAACUAGUUAGAAAACAAAAUCAUUUUCAAAAAAAAAAAAACAAUUAUCAAUUCGCAAAA